AUGAUAACGUACUUCAGUAGACGACUCACAACUACUUCUCUUGUUGCGUAUGCUAUACCUAAGAGAAACAAGCUACCCCCACGGCCAAGGUGGCUAGUCAAAGAAGAUGAAAUUGAAGAGAACUUUAUCAAGGGAGGUCGAGGACCAGGAGGACAAAAAAUCAACAAGACAAACUCCAAAGUUCAGUUGACUCACAAGCCAACGGGAAUUGUUGUUACUUGCCAAGCAACUAGAUCGCAGGAGCAAAAUAGGAAGAAAGCGAGGGAGAUCUUAGCGUUGAAAUUGGACGAUUUUUAUAAUCCAGAGACUAGUAGAAACGCUGUUCUUGCUGAAAGAGCUCAGAAGGUAAAGCAAAGCAAAGCUAAAAAGUCGAGUAGGAAAUAUCGCGCAAUAAAUGAAGCAAAAGAGGCAGAAAAGACAAUGGAGUUGGAGCGAGAACGCGAAUUGAUGCAAGAGCUCGGUCAUAGCUUAGAGAAAGACAACGAAGGAGCAGCAACAAACUGUGACGAUGAUGAGUUUGACAAAUUCAUAAAAUCAGCCAAGAUUGAUUUGGAUGGGGUUGAUUUGAAAAAGUAG